AUGUAUAUUCUACCAAUACUGACGGUAGAUCUUCCAUCAUUUGUGAUCGCUGAUCCGAAAUGGCCGUAUCUUAAGAAUCUCAAGCUCGCUGACCCGCGCUAUCUACAGCCGCGUCCUGUAGACAUUAUUCUAGGUGCAUCACCAGCCACACAGAUCAUGAACGCUGAGAUUAAACGUGGACUUCGCAAUUCUCCAAUUGCACAAUCCACCACGCUUGGUUGGAUUGUCUAUGGAGCUGUCACCGCUAAACACGCUUCCACGUCACACGCAGCAUUGCAUGCGUCAUUAGACACAUUAUUACAAGACGCUAUCGCAAAGUUUUGGGAGCAGGAAGAGGUUCCAUCAGGUAAUUCACCGCUCAACACCGCUGAAGAAGACGAAUGUGAAGUUCACUUUCGUCAAACGCAUUAUCGACAGCCUAAUGGACGCUACGUAGUGAGAUUACCGCUUAAAGCCCCCGAGAGUCAACUUGGCGACUCUAUCAAAGCAGCCAUAGGGUCACUCCGAAGAUUAAUAAUUCGCCUGUCGCGAGAAAAAGAUUAUUCUGACAUGUAUCGCUCGUUCAUGGCAGAAUACAUAAAACUAGGACACAUGGUUCGAGUACCAAUCAAUGACUUGCCCGCAAACGCUUACUUCUUGCCUCAACAUGGGGUAUUGAAGCUUGAUAGCACCACUACGAAGCUCCGCACAGUAUUCAACGGUUCCUGUGCAACAUCUACAGGAAUUUCAUUGAACGACAUUCUACACACAGGACCCAAAACGCAAAUUGACAUCUUCGACGUGAUGUUGAGAAUCUGCUGCAACAGGAUUCUAUUCGCUACUGACAUCACCAAGAUGUUCAGACAGAUUGAGGUUGAUUCGCUUGAUUGGCCGCUUCAGUGCAUUCUUUGGAUGGAUUAG